UGUUGUUGGCUUUAUUAUUGCUAUGGGGUUGUGUAACUGUUUACGAAAAUUAAUUCAAAAGCUUUUAUCCAAAAGCUUAAUGCGCAGUUGCUAAUCAUGACGACGGUCUCUGGCGGAGAAGGGCAGUGAUUUAAAAUAAUUGCGCUAGCAGAGCGGUACGUUUGUAAAUCUGUCCUGGACAAUAUUUCUGAAGCUUCUAUUAUGGGAAAUGGAAGAUACCAAAUCGGAAGAUGGUUUCUUCUAUCCCCCCUCCGUGCCCCGCUGACAGUGGACACGCCUGCGUCUCGCUGGACUGAGUUCGCCGAAGAUGCGCUGAAGAUGGCGAUGAACGUGAGGUGUGCGGGCGGUUAUUGUGAAGGUUCUGACCCUGUACUGAAGUCUCCUCUGAACAUGAUGUGCCGGCAGCAGCAGGUGCCACCUUUCCAAGCCAUGCCGCCAUCCCAGCCGUUGGGGCCUCCGAUGGUCAUGUCCCCGGACCUUCUUCCCUUCUCCCUGUCUGCUCCUCUGUCUGCCAAAUCUCCUCCUUACCUCCAGCUGGUGCAGAGACCCCCUGCCCCAGCAGUGCCACCUCCCAGCCCUAAGCCGCAGGAGGAAGAGUGUCAGGCUGGGGGAGUGGAGCAGGAUGCCACGCUGGAGGAACUCUGCAAACCUCUGUACUGCAAGCUUUGCAAUGUCACACUGAACUCAGCGCAGCAAGCACAGGCCCACUACCAGGGUAAAAACCAUAGUAAGAAGCUGAGAAAUUUUUAUGCUGGAAGUCAGCAGCCACCGGCAAUCAGAAUACCUGAGGUUGUAGAGCCUGUGUCUUUACAGCCUUUCGCAAACACACCAGCAGAAAACUCUACUGCAUGCAAGCAGGGUGCCAGGGUGAUCCUGGCCACGGAGAACGACUACUGUAAGCUGUGCGAUGCUUCCUUCAGCUCCCCCGCUGUGGCGCAGGCACACUACCAGGGCAAAAACCAUGCAAAGAGGCUGCGACUAGCCGAGGCCCAGCAGAGCGCCCCGUUCCAAGACUCGAUGGAAUCUAGCCAAAGGCGGCAGAGGAAGGAAGGAAGUGAGUUCAAAAUGAUUAAGAAUCGCAGGAAUGUACAUGUGCCUCCCAGUGUGCCAGGUCCAUACUACCGGCCUCGGCAAAGAAUCCCGCGGGAUCUGGCCAUGUGUGUGACCCCUAGCGGCCAGUUCUACUGCUCCAUGUGCAACUCGGGUGCCGGUGAGGAGGCCGACUUCCGCCUACACCUGGAGAGCAAGCAGCACAAGAGUAAGGUGUCUGAGCAGCGCUACCGCAGUGAGAUGGAGCAUCUGGGAUACACCUAGCGCACAUGAGCCAUGGGGGCACGUGGCUGUCCUUUGCACCGUGGCCUGUAGGACUGGACAGUCUCCUGGGGACAAAGGGUACGGGGACUUUUUGGAAAGAGGUCCUUGAAACCUGGGGGAAUAGUUUGUUUUUAUUUUUAAUUUUUUCUUUAGAUGAAGAAGUAUAAUGCUGGAUAUAUUUAUUUCUGUAUUUAUUUCAGGACAUAACGAUUGCACACACUCUUCUCCUGCUGGUAAGAUUAUGAACAUAACCCUCUGUUUGUGUGCCGUUUUUGUUUUUAGCCUGACGUACUGUUUGAUGCAAGUAGCGCCUGAGACAAUAGCUAUUACUUUGAAUAAAUAGCAGUAUACUGUCCCGCAAUAUCAAGAAAAAUGUUACUUGGCAAUCUGUGCUUACUGCCCUUUUUUUUUUUUUUGUUGGUGGCUUUCUGGGAAUCGUUGCUGAUUUGUCAAGUUCAGUGCAAAUGCACACUUCCACCUGUGGAACUUGUUGUACUUUGAUUGCAAUGACAAUUUUUGUUGGCUUUGCGUGAAUAACUUUGAGCGCAGUUUUGAUAUUUGCAUUUGUGUAAUUGCCUAUUUUGUCAUGCAGAAUUUUUGUGCAGUGCAUCGACAAAGACAAAGAUAUGUAAGCAGGCUUUUUUUUUUUUUUUUUUUUUAAAAAAAAAAAAAAAAAUUUACUUUGAAUUAGUCCAGAGCUUAGUCAGGACUUUUGCUAAGGACCUCUGUAAGAGAUGCCUUGAUGCUCAGAAACAAUUCCAAAUAAAUAAUUACACACACACACACACACACACGCCAUUUUUUUCUUCAUUUAAAGAUUAAGCAGAUAUUACUGACUCAAACUCAUGCAUAGUUACUUAUUUGUAAGUUAAAUACAAGAUACAAUUACAGAUAAAGAAUUUCAAGUGGGUAGAAUUAAGAAAUUCUUUAUUGGAGCUACUGUGUUUGUUAGAGUUAUUGUACGCCGGGGCUCCAGACCCGUAACAGUCAAAUGUGCGGUAGGAUGUAAAAAUCCAUAGUAAUUGCAUUUUUAGCAAUUAACAUGUUCAACAGAAAGUUUGCUAGCUAGUUAAACAGUUUUAUAGUUGUGGUUUAUUUCACCCUCCCACUGUGUAAGUUUGAGAAGAAAUGUAUGUUGGUACUUAAAACACUGUAUUCAAUAUUGUGCACUCAUUUCAUUUUUGUAUUAUUGUGUUAUGCAGACCAGUUUGUUUUGCUUUUGAUUAUGCACUAGUUUAAUUGGAACUCAGAGGGUGAUCCAAACUUCUGCAUGCUUUUAUCUUAGCACCUCUGAUUUAUGACCUGUUACAUCCUAUGGACAGAAAUAUCUGCUAUGUCUUGUGAUUGAACUUAAUAAUCAGUGAGCAUUUUUUUUGUAUUUCAGAAUGAAGUAAUAGUCUAUCAGUGUUUUGAGUAUGAUGUUACAUACAUGAUAUUUUCAGAGUACAAUUACUUAUUUUUACAAUAGAGUUUAUGCACUGAAGGAAUUUGUAGGCAUGAUGCUUUGGAAAUGGACCAUAUAUGAGGUGUAUCAGUGUAAAUGCAGCCAUUUUAGUAUGUUGACUUUGAAUCAUAGUUUUAUAGUUCAUUUGGGGUAAUAGUUAUGUUUAUUUUUUUCUUUACUUGUAAUCCUAAAUGUUUACAAAAGGAGCUUCUCAUGAGAAGGCGACGAGAUUUAAUGUUACACCUUAUGUUGCUGUAGUUGAUGGGGCUUCUUAAUUAGCAUUGCUGAUCCAUCUCGGGCAUUUUAAAUAUUUUUGUUGAUUGAAACCACUGUUAUUAUUAAAGUCCAACUGUUAGGGUCCAUUGUGCAACCUUUGGAACACAGUAAGUUUUGCAUGAUUUUUGUUUAAGACUCCGUAAAUGACUUUUUCAUGAACACCGUAGCGUGAGUUAAAAAUAUAUUUUUGUAAAUAACAAAAAGUGUUUAUGGUCAUCAGUAGAAAGAAUUUCUAUUUGGAAACUGGUUUCAGUUUUGCUCUAAAAUAUAAAGUGUUCACUCUGACAUAGCAGGGCAUUGACAUUAGAAAGCCUUACACAAAAAAGUUACAAUUUCAGGGAAGUUGUGGCACUUUAUUUUGUAUGUGAUGCAUUACUUAAAAUGACAUAAUCACAAAUGCUUUAUUAAAUAUCGUUGUGCUCUGCCGUUUAGAAGUUCUGCGUCUGACUAAUAUGUUACAUAAUGUGGGGCGUGAGAUGCUUUUUCUUGUUAGAGUAAGAAGGUGAAUUGGCGGUGCGAGAUGUGAGCUUUGCGCACACAUCUUGGCAAUGAGCCUUUCCAGGUUCACCAGUUCAUAGCAACAUGCAAUUUUCAGUGAACACUGUGCUUACCAGGAAGCGAGUCAGAUGUGAUUCAUAAAAUAUAUGUAUAGCGAGAGUGACUCAGGAUUUGAUGCUCCUUUUGAAUUAUUUCAGCCAUUAUUGUUGUUUGUAUUACUUUACGUGACGGAUUUGUUAGCAUGUGGAGACAAAUUAAUAAAGUUUGGAUGAAAUAUUCAGUAUGAUUUUGAAAAUUUACAGUUUCAAAGGGGCACCUAGUAGCGUAGUGGUUAGGGCUGCUGCCUCUGAUCUAAAGGUUGCAUGCUCGAAUCCCACC